AUGGAUGUUCUUUCUAGCAGCCACGAGGGCCGCGAAAUUGAGCCGCCUGCUUCUCCCCAAGAGACCGAGACGACCAACUCAACGCCGAAUACGGUGUUUUCGCCGCCACAUAGCCCCAAGCAGAAAACUCAGCAACUUAUGAAAGACACCAGAGUUGCGGCAAGGAAGAAGCUGAACCAGUUAACGCUGGAGGAGAAGGUCUCUCUGCUUACUGCCUCAGACUUCUGGAGAACCAAGUCCAUCCCUUCCAAGAAUAUUCCUGCCGUAAAAACGUCAGACGGUCCAAAUGGUGCUCGCGGAGGCAUCUUCGUUGGAGGAACCAAGGCUGCUCUGUUCCCGUGUGGUGUUUCCCUCGCCGCGACAUGGAACAAGGAGCUGUUAUACGAGGUUGGGCAGCACUUGGCCGACGAGGCCAAGGCAAGGUCUGCCAACAUUCUCCUUGCGCCCACCGUCUGUAUGCACCGCCAUCCCUUGGGAGGGCGCAACUUCGAGUCUUUCUCCGAAGACCCUCUUCUGACGGGGAAGCUGGCUGCUCAAUACAUUCGUGGGCUGCAAGAAAAAGGAGUCGCGGCAACCAUCAAGCAUUUCGUUGGCAACGAGCAGGAGACACACAGACUGACGAUAGACUCGCUUAUUGAAGAACGUCCGUUGCGCGAGAUCUACCUGCGUCCGUUCGAAAUCGCCGUCCGAGAAGCAAACCCCUGGGCACUGAUGUCGUCCUACAACCUCGUCAACGGUGUCCACGCGGACAUGCACAACUUGACGCUGAGAGAAAUCCUUCGUGGUGAAUGGGGAUACGAUGGAACCGUUAUCUCUGACUGGGGCGGCACGAAUUCCACAACCGAGUCAAUCAUCGCCGGGUGUGAUGUUGAGUUCCCGUACUCCUCAAAGUGGCGCUUCGACAAGGUGAUCAAGGCUUUGGAGGAGGGCGGGAUUACCCGGAAGGAAAUCGAUCGCGCCGCCGAGAACGUCCUCACACUGGUCGAGCGCUUGAAAGGAGAUGACAUGUCGGAAGAGCGACCGGAGAGGGAAGACAACCGUGAAUCAACUCGAGAGCUGAUCCGCACUGCUGGCGCCGAGGGCCUAACUCUUCUCAAAAACGAUGGCGCAGUCCUGCCGCUGAACCCGAAGACGACAAAGGUCGCUGUUAUUGGACCCAACGCCAAUCGCGCCAUCGCCGGCGGGGGCGGCAGUGCCAGCUUGAACCCCUACUACAAGACGAUCCCCCUUGAGAGCAUCCGUGCCGCGGCCGAGCAGGAGGUGACAUUUGCACAAGGGUGCCACAUCUACAAGUGGCUCCCGGUGGCCUCCCCUUAUUGCACUGAAAAGUCAGGCAAACCAGGCGUCAACAUCGACUGGUACUCCGGAGAUAAGUUCGAAGGCGAGGUGGUCGUGGUGCAGAGACGAACAAACAGCGAUCUCUUCCUCUGGGACUCUGCUCCUCUGAAUGAGACGGGCCCUGAGUGGUCAGCGAUCGCCACGACCUACCUGAUGCCAAAGACCACUGGCAAGCACACUGUCAGCUUCAUGAGUGUCGGCCCUGGUAAGCUGUACGUCAACGGAACGCUCGCGCUGGACCUGUGGGACUGGACCGAAGAGGGCGAGGCCAUGUUCGAUGGCUCCGUCGACUACCUGGUCGAGGUUGACAUGGAGGCCGGCAAGCCGGUGGAGCUCAAGGUCGAGAUGACCAACGAACUGAGGCCGUUGGCCAAGCAGAAGCAGUUCGGUAUCACGCACAAGUACGGAGGCUGUCGAAUCGGGUUCAAGGAGGAGGAUCAGGUCGACUUCCUCCAGGAGGCGGUCGAGGCUGCCAAGGCGGCUGAUGUGGCCGUUGUCAUUGUCGGUCUCGACGCGGAGUGGGAGUCCGAGGGGUACGAUAGACAGACGAUGGACCUGCCGUCUGACGGUAGCCAGGAUCGACUCAUCGAGGCUGUUGUCAAGGCAAACCCCCGCACCGUCGUUGUCAACCAAUCGGGAACCCCUGUCACGAUGCCGUGGGUUGAGCAAGUUCCGGCCAUCAUCCAGGGAUGGUACCAGGGACAAGAGGCCGGAAACGCGCUCGCCGACGUCUUGUUCGGGUUUAAGAACCCCAGCGGAAAACUUCCAUCGACCUUCCCCAAGCGUAUCCAGGACACGCCGGCCUACAACAACUGGCCCGGCGAGAACCUGAAGGUGAACUACGGCGAGGGCCUGUACAUCGGCUACCGCCACUACGAGAGGGCCGACAUCCAGCCGUUGUUCCCCUUCGGUCAUGGCCUCUCCUACACCACCUUCGAGUACGGGCGCCCCUCGAUCAGCACCAAAACCCUUGCGCCUCAGGGCACAAUCGAGGUGGUCUUCGCCGUCAGCAACAUCGGUCCGGUGGCUGGAUCCGAAGCCGUGCAGAUCUACGUACGCGACGACAAGUCGAGGCUGCCCCGCCCGGAGAAGGAGCUCGUCGCCUUCGAGAAGGUGUUCCUGGAGGCCGGAGAGACGAGGCACCUCCACAUUUCCAUCGACAAGUACGCCGUGGGCUACUACGACACAGCGGUGCCGGGAUGGAUCGCCGAGGAGGGCACCUUCAGGGUCCUCAUUGGCGCGUCCUCUGCCGACAUCAAGCACUCUGUCGCGUUCGACGUCAAGGAAUCGUUCAGCUGGAUCUUUUAG